AGUCGCUUUGCUUAGGAAGGGUUGGGCUUAAGACAUCUUAGUGCACCUAAUCCUUUUGGAGACCUUGCGGACCUCCUCCGUAUCGAGCGCAUAAGAUGUCGACCCUCACCAGCUCCAAGCUCUCCAGCGCUGGCGUGCAGGCCGCCCACAAGGCGCCUCGUGCCGCGCAGGUCGCUCGCCUGACCAGCCGCGCCACCUCCUCCGCCCGCGCUGCGCCGCUUGCCUUCAAGCCCGUCUCGCGCUCCUCCCUCACCAUCACCGCCGCUGCCGCUGCCGUCGCCCCCGCGCCCUCGGCCUCCCUGGCCGACGCCCUCAAGCCCAACGUGAUCGCCCGCGUUCCUCCCACCCAGCAAAAGCAGACCUGCAUCAUCACCGGCGCCUCCUCCGGCCUCGGCCUUAACGCUGCCAAGGCCCUCGCCGCCACCGGCGACUGGCACGUGGUGAUGGCCUGCCGCGAUUUCCUCAAGGCCGAGAAAGCCGCCAAGGCCAUCGGCAUGCCGUCUGGAUCCUACUCCAUCCUGCAUCUGGAUCUCGCUUCCCUGGAAUCUGUACGGCAGUUCGUUGCCAACUUCAAGGCCACCGGCCGUCGGCUGGAUGCGCUGGUUUGCAACGCCGCCAUUUACAUGCCAACCGCCAAGGAGCCCAAGUUCACUGCUGACGGUUUCGAGUUGUCGGUUGGGACCAACCACCUGGGCCACUUCCUGCUUGCCAAUCUGCUGCUGGAGGACCUGAAGGCGGCGCCCAACCAGCAGCCCCGCUGCGUCAUCGUGGGCUCCAUCACCGGCAACACAAACACCCUGGCGGGUAACGUGCCGCCCAAGGCCAACCUGGGCGAUCUGUCCGGCCUGGCUGGCGGAGUGAGCCCCGCCAGCCCCAUGAUGGACGGAGCGGAGUUCAACGGAGCCAAGGCGUACAAGGACUCCAAGGUCGCCUGCAUGAUGACCGUGCGUCAGCUGCACCAGCGCUUCCACGCCGCCACCGGCAUCACCUUUGCCUCGCUCUACCCUGGUUGCAUCGCGGAGACGGGUCUGUUCCGCGAGCACUACGGGCUGUUCAAGAAGCUCUUCCCGCCCUUCCAAAAGUACGUCACCAAGGGCUAUGUGUCGGAGCAGGAGGCGGGCAAGCGCCUGGCGCAGGUUGUGUCCGACCCCUCGCUGGACCGCAGCGGCGCCUACUGGUCCUGGUCCUCCAGCACCGGCACCUUCGAGAACCAGGUGAGCGAGGAGGUGGCGGACGACACCAAGGCGGCCAAGCUGUGGGAGCUGUCGGCGCGCCUCGUGGGGCUGAACGCGUGAGGAGGGGUGAGGACUGAAGCGCGUGGAGCUGGGGAGGGAGGUGCUUGAAGGGGC